UUUGGAGUCGUGGAGAAUUCACGGCAUUUCCACAAUGGGAGAAAGGACUGAUUGUACGAAGUCGCAUAGUUCACUGGCUGAAUAUAGCCCCGUCAGUAAAUCAGACAGGACAGACCCAAGUGAUAGCUGUGAAAUGCAGGAUGGAAACCAAAAUACAAUGCAGCUGAAGAAAGAAAUAUCUUUGAUAAAUGGGAUAAGCCUUAUAGUAGGCAACAUGAUUGGUUCAGGUAUCUUUGUCUCUCCCAAAGGAGUUCUCAUCUACAGCAAAUCUUAUGGAUUGUCUCUAAUAAUUUGGGCAAUCGGAGGGAUUUUUUCAGUCUUUGGAGCCCUCUGCUAUGCUGAACUUGGAACCACUAUUAAGAAGUCAGGAGCCAGCUACGCAUAUAUCUUGGAGUCUUUUGGGAGCUUCAUUGCUUUUAUUCGUUUGUGGACCUCACUCCUAAUUGUUGAGCCAACUAGUCAAGCGAUUAUUGCCAUCACCUUUGCUAACUACAUAGUUCAACCUUUCUUCCCUUCUUGUGAUCCUCCAUAUUUGGCUUGCCGUCUCAUAGCAGCUGCUUGUGAGUGUCUUCUAACAUUUAUAAAUUGUGCCUACGUUAAAUGGGGAACACGGGUCCAGGAUGUGUUUACUUAUGCUAAAGUCACUGCUCUUAUUGUCAUCAUCAUAACUGGAAUUGUUAAAAUAUGCCAGGGACAUUCAUCGCACUUUGAGAACUCUUUUGAGGGAUCCUCUUUUGAUAUCGGAAAUAUUUCCCUUGCACUCUAUUCUGCCUUGUUCUCUUACUCUGGCUGGGAUACGCUCAAUUUUGUAACGGAAGAGAUCAAAAACCCAGAAAGGAACUUGCCACUGGCUAUUGCAGUGUCUAUGCCAAUUGUGACUGUGAUCUAUAUUAUGACCAAUAUAGCUUACUAUACAGUGCUGGAUGUUGAUGCCGUUCUUUCUAGUGAUGCUGUGGCAGUGACAUUUGCUGACCAGGUAUUUGGUAUCUUCAGUUGGACAAUUCCCAUUGCUGUAGCCUUUUCUUGUUUUGGUGGACUUAAUGCUUCAAUUCUAGCAUCAUCAAGGUUAUUUUUUGUAGGAUCUCGAGAAGGUCACCUUCCUGAUCUGUUGUCUAUGAUCCACAUAGGGAGGUUCACACCUGUGCCAGCACUGCUCUUCAACUGUGUUAUGACCCUUAUUUACCUGGCUGUGGAAGAUGUCUUCAAGCUUAUUAAUUACUUCAGUUUCAGUUACUGGUUCUUUGUUGGUCUGUCUAUUGCUGGGCAAUUAUAUCUACGUUGGAAGGACCCAAAACGACACAGGCCUCUUAAGCUGAGUGUGGCUUUCCCAAUAAUAUUCUGUAUAUGCACAGUUUUUCUGGUGGUAGUGCCACUCUAUAGUGACACUAUAAAUUCAUUGAUUGGAAUUGCCAUUGCUUUAUCUGGAAUUCCAGUCUUUUUCUUGGGAGUCUAUUUACCUGCAUCAAGGAGACCUCAGUUUAUCAACAAGAUUUUAGGUGCAGUCACACGAAACAUGCAGCUUCUCUGUUACUGUGUUUUAACAGAGAUGGACACAAAUGAAGAAAAGAAGUUAGAAAUCAAAUCCAGCUAAAAUUUCAAAGCCAUUACAAGAAACAGGAGGCAGGAUAAAGCAAUUAUGACAACAAAAGGGAAGAGAUGGAACUGGAAAA